AUGGCGAAAACCACAGACUUUACCGCUAACGAAUGCCUCAAAGAUGCCAUCCGUAAGGAGCAGGAUGCUGCAUUUGCAUUUUACAUGAAGCACAAAGACACACUUUUGUCCGAGAAAUCGCUCGGCACAGCUGUUGCUGCACACAGACGCAAACUCGCGAGAGAGACAAUAAGGAAUGCCUUUUGUGAGGAAGUCCUAAGGAAUGUCCAAGAACGGCGGCGGCUUCAAGCGAAGAAGGAGGAAGAGAAGAAGAUACUAGAGGAGGAAUAUCUUCAAGCAGAGACAAGGAACGAUGUAAUGUAUCCGGUCUCGCCGAGGACACGAGCCCUCCUCUAUCACGGUGUUUCACAGACUGGAGAUGGCAGGUCAGGCUCCGCUAGGUUUUUGCAUGCCUGUGAUGUGAAAUUAGGCUGUCUUUUACAGUGA